CCUGGUGCACAACAGCAACGUGCAGGAUGCCUUCGUCAUCGCCGUGGAGCAGCAGGCGCGCGAGCGGCUGGAGCGGUUGUCGGCGCUCAAGAGGAUCAAGCCGGUCGACAUGACCAAGCUCUCGCAGCAGCUGAACCAGCAGAUCCCGGCCACCGAGCACCAGCAGGAGCUGAACGGCUUCAUCGAGAGCAGCCCCAUCUACGUGACGUCCAUCCCGGCGGAGGCGCCCAAGCCCGCGGGUCCGCGGCCCAAGGCGCUCAGCAAUGGCCACGCCAGCGAGCCCGAGUCUGCGGCGGAACUGGAGCUGACUCAGCAGCUCAGCGAGCCCCCGCGCAGCGUGUCGCCCUUCGCCAACGGCCGCACCGAGGUGCUGAUUGGCCAGGAGGCGGGCGACGCCAGCCGCGUGCGCACCACCGCCGUCGUCGAGAGCCAGCGGGGGCUGGCCGUGGGCGAGGACUCGCGAGUCAGGACCCGCCGGCGCAGCGGCAGCAGCAUCGUGGUGGUGGACACGCAGGACGACCAGGAGGAGCCCGUGAAGCGGCGCUCGCCCGAGGAGGAGGAUGCCUACAACGCCAUGAUGAUGAUGAUGUCGCUGGACAGCGGGCCGCACCGCGAGAUGGCCGUGGACGUGCCCGAGUCCUUCAUCGCCCGCUCCAAGACGCCGCCCCGCUACCCGCCCCCGAGGACGCAGAGCCAGCCCCAGCCGGUGAACGGGUCGACGGCGAAGCCUGUGCCGCCCCCGCGGGACCACCUGCGCAUCGAGAGGGACGGCCGGCUGGUGAACAGGGCGCCGGCGCCGCAGGUGCCCGCGAGGACAGUGCCGCCCCCCGUGCCCGCAGCCCCCGCCGCCCCCAACCACGUGCCGCCGCCCGGCACGCCCGAGCCCAGCCGCGAGCCCACCAAGGAGCAGCUCGACAGCAUCCGCAAGUUCCAGGAGGCUCUGCGCAAGAGGAAAGAGGAGGAGGAGCGCGCCUUGCAGCAGGCAGAGUUCCUGAACCGCUCGUUGCGGGGCUCCAAGAAGCUACAGGCGCUCGAGAGUCACCCGCCCCCGCCGCCAACCACCGGCGUCGUCAACGAUGGCUACUCCUCCGAGGAACUGGAGCUGCUGUCGUACGACGAGCACGACGACCACAAGGAGUCGCUCUACAGGAUCAUCAGCUACGGAGAGCUGGUGGCGUCGCUGCAGAGGCUACAGCUACAGCUGAAGAAGAGCUCGGUGGAGCCGGGACUGAAGGGCUACACGAGCCUCGAAGGCCAGGUGGCGGCCGUGCAGACGCUGCUGCUGAGCCGGGAGUUUGGGCGCGCGCUAGCCGUGCACAACAAGGUGCAGGAGGCGCUGGUGCACAGGAAGGAGCAGCCGCCCGUCUCCUGCUCUGUGCAAGGGCUCGUCAGGGAGUGCCUGGACAGCCUGCAGCCCUGCUCGCUGGCGGAUGCCGCGGAGUUGGCAGACCUGCUGACGCGCUACGAGGUGGAAGGGCUGCUGCUGGCGCACGAUGGCGUCGCUGCGCAGCUCUCGGCUGAGGAGCCUCCCAGCAGCUCUGCGGCGCCCGGCACGCCCAGUCCGCCCGACCCCGACCAGCUGCCCUCCGACACCAACAUCAACAUCAUCAAGAUCGAGAAGACCAACGAGCCUCUGGGCGCGACGGUGCGCAACGAGGGCGACGCGGUCAUCAUCGGGCGCGUGGUGAAGGGCGGCGCGGCGGAGAAGAGCGGCCUGCUGCACGAGGGAGACGAGGUGCUGGAGGUGAACGGCAUCGAGAUGCGCGGCAAGACCAUCAACGAGGUGUGCGACAUCCUGUCCGGCAUGACGGGCACGCUCACCUUCCUCACGGUGCCUCGCGCCCGCGCCACACGGGCCGCGCCCGCCCGCGACUCCUUGAUGCACGUGAAAGCCCACUUCGACUACGACCCGGAGGAGGACCUGUACAUCCCGUGCCGCGAGCUGGGCGUCAGCUUCCAGAAGGGAGACGUGCUGCACGUGAUCAGCCAAGAGGACCCCAACUGGUGGCAGGCGUACCGGGAGGGCGAGGAGGACCAGACGCUGGCGGGCCUGGUCCCCAGCCGCACCUUCCAGCACCAACGAGAAGCUAUGAAGCAAACGAUGACUGGUGAUAAAACGACGAAGGAGAAAUCAAAGAAGACGGGUAUGUUGCUGUGUGCGAAGAAGAAUCCAAAGAAAAAGAAAAAGAAAGCAGCGUAUGGUGGCUCGUAUAACGAUGGUGCUUAUCCACUGUAUUCCACCAACACCGUGGAUGAUUACGAUGUGGAUGAAAUCUUGACUUACGAAGAAGUUUCUCUCUACUAUCCACGAGCGAACCACAAAAGGCCAAUUGUAUUAAUUGGCCCACCGAACAUUGGCCGUCAUGAGCUUCGACAAAGGCUGAUGGAGGAUUCAGAAAGGUUCGCUGCAGCAAUACCACACACGAGUCGACCGAAAAAGGACGGGGAAGUGGAUGGACAGGACUACCACUUCAUCUCGAGAGUGCAGUUUGAGAGCGACAUCUUGGCUCGCAAGUUCGUUGAGCACGGAGAGUACGAGAAAGCGUAUUACGGUACCUCUCUCGACGCCAUUCGCAGUGUCGUCAACUCUGGCAAGAUCUGUGUUCUCAACUUGCACCCGCAGUCUCUCAAGAUUCUGCGCAACUCCGACCUCAAGCCUUACGUGGUUUUCGUGGCACCGCCAUCCCUCGAGAAACUACGGCAGAAGAAGAUGAGGAAUGGAGAAGCUUUCAAGGAGGACGAGCUGAAGGACAUCAUCGAGAAGGCGCGCGAGAUGGAGGACAAGUACGGCCACUACUUCGACAUGAUCAUCAUCAACAACGACACGGACCGCGCCUUCCACCAGCUGGUGAACGAGAUCAACAGCCUGGAGAGGGAGCCCCAGUGGGUGCCCGCGCACUGGGUGCGGCCCGUGUGACCAGAAAGAAAAGCAGGCAUCCUGCGCAACUCGAAGCAACGUGCUGCUGUGUUAUCAUCAGUAUUACCAGAGAUUAGUUGAUGGACAUUGUGCGGUGGAGAAGUAGUGAGUGUCGCGUGCGCGGAUGAGCCAGGCCGUCGCUUACAGCACAGACUCUCGUUCAGAGGAAGGUAAGCGUGAUGAGACUCUUCUCGUAGGCGGGAAUGUAAUAUAUUUGCAAUAAAAUAAAUUUUUUGGACUCAUGCUGGUCAUGAUGCACUUGAGGCUGCUAGACAUUUGUUCCGAAUGUAACAGCCCCAUAGAGAAAUGGAGGGAGAAAGUACCAUAAAUGCAAAAGACAGCAAUAACAGUUCACAUAUGGUACAAAAUAAAGGUGACUUUUGCAGUGCGACACAUAAAUACAAUAACAAGAAAACAAAAAAUUGAUAUUCAGCAGCAUCACUGAACAGAGUGCAAUCGUUUUGUUAACUUUGAGUGCUUGUGCAUAUAUUUGCUGUGGAGUUGUUCUCGACAGUGCCUACUUAAUGAUAUAAAAACAUCUGGGCAACUUGGUGUUUGUUUCACCUCAAGUGGUUAAUGAUAUUAUUUCUUAGCAUCACAAUGAAAUAUCAUGAUCACUCUUGUUUGUAACAUUUUUCCUUGGUUUAUAACUUAAAUAUAUUUUCAGUGUUAAGUUUUUGUACUGGUAGAUAUUUAUUGUGAAGUUGUAACUGACUUGUGAGUUUCAAUUUGCUAGUCAGCAUACUGAAGUUCUUAGAAAAUAUUAAUGGAUUUAAGUUUUUAAAAUGAGUCAUUGUUUAUAUCUGGAUAGGAAGAGAUAUAUUGUGUGAUGCACCAAUACUCAGAAAGAUAUGUGGUUAUCAUGAAUAUCCUUAAAAGACACAAAAAAUAUGUAUGUUAAUGAUUGAUUGUUUUAUUUUGAUGAUGACUAGCUUUACAGAAGAAAAAAAAAUGUUGUUUCAAACCUUAUAUUUUUAAAUUUUGAAAGAAAUUGGUUAAACAUAAAUGUUUUACUGUUUUUAGUUUGUUUAGUCUAUAAUACAUGAGUUAAUUUUGUCUGGAAAUGUGCAGAAUUAGUCAAAAACAAAAUUUUUGAAGAAUUGCCAGCAUAUAGUUUUUGAAUUACAAGGAACAUCUUUGUAACACCAUUACCAUUACUAAAACACUUUUUUUUACAAUGUGCAAUAACAUUUCUAAUUUUUGUGCAUGAAAUCAAAUAAAAUAGAUGUAAAUGUAAAAAAAAAGUUAUGUUAAUUUUUAGCAUGAAUAUUCUCUCUAUCUUAAAAAUGUUUUGUUCAGAAUUUGUGUAAAAAAAUUUUUUUAAUCUAGUUUUAUCAGCUAUUAUUAAGUGUUGACAAAGAAAUUACAUUUUACAUAACUUAUAUAUACUAUUCCCUAUCUUGUCAAUUUUAUGUAGCUGGAUAAUACAAAACUAAUUGGUGUUUUAAAUUUGUUUCUGUACAUGCAUUAGAGUAAAACUCACCUUCUAAAAUAUAGAUUAUACCUACUUUACCCCAACAAUGAUUCUACGGAAUAUUAGGACAGAAAAUAAUGUACAGGUAUUUGCUUUUUUAGAAUUUUACUCCUAAUUUAUUAUGAAUAGUAUUGAAAAGUAAAUGUUCUUUUUAUAAUUAUUGUGUGUGAUAUGUGGCCUUUAUACCCACUUAAAACUACAUGUUGAAUUCUGUGUUUUGAUUAAUGCUACAAACUACAACACAUGUAUUUUGUUGGUUACAGCUGGGAAUCAAAAGCCAACACAAACUUUUUGAGAUUGUUGUAAGCAAUACAUUACCGACCAUAGAGGCCACUUGCAUUUUGUUCAUCUCUAAUAUUGCUAAAGGUACUUGGAUGUUUAGUAACAAAGGGUGUACAGUUCUAGAAAUGCAAAGAUCCCAAAAAUUAAGAAAACAAAUAAAAAGGUUAUCCUUUUCCGUGUUCUUUGAUAAUUGACGUUAUGAACUUCUUAAUGAUGAAUUGAAACACUGUUCAAAAUAAGGUGAUAAUAAAUAUAAACAAUAAAUUAUUAACAUUUUUUUAAAAACAAUUUUAGUGUUAAAUGUACAUUUAUUUUUAUUAUAUAAUUAAAAUAUUAACUAAAAAGUGUUCUGAUAAAAUAAAAAAAUAUUUAAUAAAUAUUGCUGUGUUGAAUAUUAUUUCUGUGUUUAAUAUAAUACAUUUUUAAAAGGGUGAUUAAUUUCAAAACAAAACGAAAAUGCUCAAGAAAACCUUAGUGCUGUAACUACAAAAAGCUUUUAAAAUUAUAUUGAAAGGAAUAGUAUUUUAAAUCACAUGUACAUAGUAUAUUGAUUGUUUAUAUGAACUAUAGAGGAGGGUGUACUUAAGCUUAAUAAAGAAAAUGUAUAUUUCUGUUGUGUAAUUCUUUAGUAAACAAUUCCAAUGAGAAUGGUUUUCGUUUAAUUUUACAUCCUUCCUUUUAAUACAUUAAAUAGGUUUUGAUUUGGAAUGGUAAAAUUUAUGAACCAGUAAGCAAAAUGACACAGGUACAAGCACUCUUUAAUUGUUUAGUCAAAGUCCUUCAACAUAUUCCCCUCAAUUCCUUUAGAGGCUCUACUGCCCAUUAGGAGCAUAAUGUGCCAAGGCUAAAAGUACACACAAUUCUGUGCUUGGAAACAUUCAAGUUCAUUUAAAGAAAGGUCAGAGAGAGGAUAUAACGUAUAUUUUAUACUUCUGGCCUUUAUCUACCUCAGUUUCUUACCUGACACUUAACCAAAUGUACCAAUUUUUCACCUCCUUUGCUGUCAAAUUUUGAAAAUGGAAUAAUACCAUUCGUAACUUAUUUGUUCAUUACAUACGUAUUAUUCUUGCUCAACCAUACCCCUGUUCACCCCUUUUAUGGAUGAAUUUCCAAAACACUCUAGACCUCCGGCUAGCUUAACACAUUUGGGUCCAUGCUGAAGCUCAGCUCUAUCAUAGUAUUUUAAUAUGUACAAUGAAUGGCACUCGAGCCUAGCUUGAGCAGAAAAUGAGCUUGGAUUGUCACGCACAACUUUUCAUAAUCGUCAUAGUUCUAUCAGUUACCCCUAGAUGCCACUGGUAUAUGUGUGAAGGGAAACCUACCGGUUGUGCUUGAAACAUGUUUUUAUUUUAUAUUACAGAUAUAAAUUUUGCAAAUAGCAGGAAACAGAAGAGCCAUUUCUCAGAAAACCUGACUUGGUAUUGUACGUGAAUACUAUAUAAACAAAACUGGCAUUUGACUGCAUUGAUCAAUUACUCGGUUACUAUCCCUUUCAAAGAAAAUCAAUAAUAAUAAAAAAAAUUUCAAAUGAUUUUGAUGUCAGUCAUAAAUUCAUUUUGUUCAAAACUAGUUUAGAAAUCAUCAUGAAAGCUCUUGGGAACCAGCUGACUUCUUAUGAAGCUACCUACUUUUUACAUUUGUAUUUAGCUUAAAAUCAUAAUUGGUUGUAUCAAGUUUUUAUUAUGCUCGAGAAUAUUUCAACAUACUUAAAUAAAAACAACAAGAAUCAUUUACCACAGGAUUAAACUAUCAGGAUUAAGGGAUAAACUUGGAUACGUGAUACAGAACUUUUAACAUCAAAAUGGCGAAGCAUUUUAAGAUGCAGAUUUUUCGUGUUGAUCAUUUAAUGAUGAAUAGGGUUCGGUGGUUCAAAUCCAAAACCUAACAAUCUGCUUUUUUAUUUUAAAUUUAAAACAAUACAGCAAUCAUAGAGUACUCUUGUAGCAAAGCUUGGAAUCUGUAGAGAUGCUUACUAUCCAAGAUGGCGGCGCCAGCAGGCAACAUCGCCAUCCCACACCUCUCCUCAACACAGUUUAUUUGAUACCCCACGUGCCACACACAUGCCCCUUGCAUUCCCCCACAUAACAUUCACCCGGACUUGCGCCAGAACAUACUGUUUCCAUCCACCUACUAGAUAAAAUAAUAGGCAAAAACAAAAGUGAUAGUAAUGAGCAAAAUUUUUUAUUUGUUCAGGCUUCAUGAAGAAAUAUAUUGCUCUACUGAGCCCGCCUAGCUAGGGGUAUGAAUUUAGUCACGAUACAAAGGUAUAGGGUCGACAUAUCUUUGUGUAUCAACCUGGACUUUAUAUGUACAUAUAUCAUAGUUCCUUGCGUCCAAAAACACUUUUUUUUCCUUAGAAAAGCAGUGAUCAUAUCAUUAGAUGAUCAUAUUUGGUGUUAAAGGGCCCUUGCGUUAUUUUUUUUAAAGACAUUUUAAACACUUUAAAAAUGUUUUUUUUUUUUUAUUAUAUGUUCUGAUUUGAAGCUCUGCAAACAGUUUAACAGGCAGGUAGCUGCCAUAAAAUUUUUUUAAAAUGGUUACGAGUGGGGAAUCUGUUUUGAAAAGGAUAGCCCAAAUAAUUAAAUACAGUUUUAUUUAUUAACUGCUGUUUACACUACUAAUUAAAUGUCAGUCCAAAAAUAUUAACCACUCUUUCGUUUGGUUCACAGUUUACUCUCCCCACGAGAGCUGGACUUGACAUUGACUAUCCCUAUUGCUCGUCUCUUACCUUGCACCUCUGUCACAACUCAUUGCCUCACACUAAUCACCCAUCCGACGCACCCAACAUUUCCGAUGCACCAGUCUCCAUACACAAAGCUAGUCGCUCGUUGUUUGCUUUAGCUCACCAAGGUGUUAAUCGGUUCUUCACUUCACUGCCUUGGAUGCUGGUGUCACAGUUUUUAUACCUCUCAGUCUCCUUCUGGAAUGGUCUCGCACCCCUCUGAAGUGUUGCAUCAUCAGAGUCGACUUAUCAUCAGAAGCUCCCAGAACAAUGGCCUCGUAAUGCUACUUCUCACACGCGGGGUUGUAGGAACUGGCAGAACCCUCCAGACGCACUGAGGAAGGAGAAUGCGUGAUGAGGGGAGUUAGCCAGUCGCCAUUACUAGUCAGAUUAGGCGUGCUGCGGUAAUGGACUGCACCUCACCCAUGGGCUAAGAGGCCAGCUGGCUGGCUAGUCAGGCCCUGCAGCUCCGCCUCCAGUAUAUUCGUAACCCUGCACCCUCCUUAAACCUGUUCAUUCUGAACAGGUAACACAUCUCUUCCUGCACAUUCCCUCAAUCAGUCCAAAUGUAUCACUUUCAUUCAUCCUCUCUUUCCUCUCUAGAUGUAGUAGACCACACUGACAACCGUCUUGCUUUCUCUGCUUGCACAGGCCAUUAUGCCAUCUGGCUGCCUCACAGGGGCAUGAGCGCGGAUGAAAAGCGCGAACUAGUCCAGUGUGGCACAGGAGUAGCCUAAUGCAGCGAGGCGAACAGCCGCCACCACUGGCGAGUCAAUUUCCACCCGAGCAAAAAUUGAUUAGUGUUGCAAUGGUUCUUGUAAUUGGUAGUUCAUGUAAUUGAGAAAUAUUAAGUACUUAUGUUUCACAUUAAGUAUUAAAUGAUAAUAACUGUCUGGAUUUACGGGACCACACCCAAGACAUGGCCCGACAUACUUCAUUUGUGUGCAAGACAGGCUCUGAGUGGUGCGCUGGCCACCGGGUCUAGCCACGUCCACAUUCCCGGAGCUCUUCACCGUUUGCAACACCACUACCAUCAUCAUGGAUUAAGUGCACCAUUCCCUUUCAUCGGCUCUGCAGCUAGUCCCCACCAGUUAUAUUAAUUAUCACAAACUCCAGUUUACAUUACCGUAAGUCGUACAUUGGUUUCCUUCGUUUUUCACUGCCCUUUUGCAAUGAUCGCAGGCUUCAUUGCAUGGUCAGCGAAAGAGGUCAUCAGCACUGCUGUGAGUUUGGCCUUUCCUGUGUUCAAUUCUGCAAUCAUACUGCUGUAUCUUCUCAAUCCACCUAGUGGGUCUUUCCUCCGGCUUCUUGAGCUGCAACAGCCACUAAGUGCAGCAUGGAAUUAACGAAGCUAGAAGUUCUCUUCAGGUGACGUAAUAAUUGUGUUCUGGCUUAGAUAAAGCCUUGCUGUAGUACCAGAUGACUCGUUCAUUUCAUCCUGAACCUGGUAAAGUACAGCACCCAGUCCAUCUCUGCUUGCUAUUUUUUUAAGUAUACACUCUGUAUGCUGAUGGCCUCUUCUCGUUUGUCAGUUGAUGCAGUGGUCUGGCAGUAGCUGCAAACCCAGGCACAAGGCACCUCUAGUAAGUGCAAAGUAAUUGGAAACUAAUCACCUCAUGUUUAUCUUCACGUCAAGGCCACUCCUUGAAAGACCGGAUCUUCUCGGGGUCUGUCCGUACUCCAUCCUGUGGUACCACAUGACCUACAAAUGUUGCCUCAUGUUGGAACAAGGACUAAUUCUUAGGGUUUAAUUUGAGUUUUGUGUGCCGAAGCCUGUUAAAAACUUCCUGGAGAUAUUGUAGAUCUUCUGUAAAAGUAUUUACCACCACAAUAAUGUCAUCCAGAUAAACCAGGCAUGUUUUCCAUGUCAAGUCAUGCAACACAAGUUCCAUCAAUCUUUCAAAAGUCGCAAGAGCAUUAAAUAAUCCUAAUGGCAGAACGUUGAACUGGAACAAUCCACUUCCUGUUGAGAAAGCAGUCUUCUCCUUGUCCUCUGAGUGCAGCUUCACUUGCCAGUAACCAGUCUUCAAGUCCAGUGUCGAGAACCACCUGGUGCCAGCAAGCGUGUCCAGAGUGACAUAGUCAAACCUCUCUGAAACGACCCCUCACGGUUCCCAGGAAUAGGGUCGUAAUAGAUGUUUUCCAAAAUUUUCAGUUCAUUUGAACCCCCCCCCCCCCCUUCCCACCCGCACCCACCCUUUUCCCAAACCGCUACUCGCUAAGAAACCAGCCGUACAAUGGCAGGAUGCUGUCACUCACAAUGCUAGACAGCUUUGCUUUAAACCCACUUCAACCUUCAUGACAAGUCCGUCGCCCAACAGGCCACUUUAAAGAAAAUAUGUCAAAACACAGUUUAUUUUUACUGGUUAGUUUACAUGUACGUUUUCUGCUUGCCGUAGUUAAACACACUAGAACCCCGGAUUUAACGAAGCAGUGAUUUUACGAAUACAUUCUCGGGAACCGUCAAAAAAUGGGACAUUUUGACCAAAAUGUAAAAAUUGGAAGAAAAAAAGAAA